CUUGUUCUCUGCGCAAUCGGCUCAGUUGUGUACUGUAGCUUGGAGUGGCAAGAGUGAUCUGGUUUUACUUGCACUGUUUUGUUAAAUAUUAAGAAACCAAGAUGUCGAACAUUAAAAAUUUAAUACCAACAACAGUAAAUCCUGAUUUGCAAAAGGAACGCACGGCGGCCAGCUUCGAUGUGAACGAAUUUGCAGCCUGGUGGCAGGGCGGAGCUGAUAAACUAGAGAUGAAACGGCAAAUUGAGCUCGCUGUGUUUAGCGAUCUGGAGGACGGUUAUGGCAUCAACCACGAAUACAUGUCCCACGAGGAUCUAUACAAUUCCACCGUGAAGAAGGUCGCCGAAGCAGCGCCUAAGCUGAAGGCCUUGCAGGAGAAACUGAAUCCAGGUGGCAAGGACAUUUGGCCUGGUUGCCUGUACCGGGUUCAGAGCCACGGUCUAUUUCCAGCCAAUCAUCCGCUGGCCACCCACAUUACCAUGUUUGUGGAUGUGAUCAAGGGCCAGGGCACAGCUGAGCAGGUGGAGAAGUGGGGAACUUUGGCCGAGAACUGCAAUAUAAUUGGCACCUAUGCUCAAACCGAACUGGCCCAUGGCACCAAUGUGCGUGGCAUCGAGACACGCGCCGACUAUGAUCCCAAAACGGGCGAAUUUGUGCUUAACACGCCCAACCUGGAGGCCUAUAAGUGGUGGCCCGGCGGCAUGGGCCACACGGCCAACCAUGCCAUGGUGGUGGCGCAGCUGUAUAUUGCCGGCAAGCACAAGGGUGUGCAAAUGUUUAUUGUGCCGCUGCGUGAUCCGGAGACCCAUAUGCCGUUGCCAGGCAUUGACAUUGGCGAGGUGGGUAAGAAGCUGGGCAUGGCUGCGGUCAACCAGGGCUUUUUGGGCCUGAAGAACGUGCGCAUUCCGCGCACCAACAUGCUGAUGAAGUACGCCAAGGUGGAGCCCGACGGCACCUUCAUCGCCAGCCCUGCUUCGAGGGUCAACUACUUGACAAUGGUUUACACGCGCUGCCUCAUUGUUAACUUGAACUCAGCGCUGCUGCUGCAGGCGGCAACGAUAGCCACCCGCUACUCGGCCGUGCGUCGCCAGAGUCCGAUUGAACCCGAUCAAGCCGAGCCGCAGAUCAUAGAUCACGUGACACAGCGCCUGAAACUGUUCCCUGAGAUAGCUACGGGCAUGGCUUAUGACAUGGCCGCGAAGCACAUGUGGGAGCUGUACGAUCAGACGGUGCUGGAUGCCAACAAUGGAAAGUUCGAGCGUCUGCCCGACAUGCACAUCCUAUCCUGCGCUCUGAAGGUCCUCUGCACAACCGACGGCUGUGCGGGCAUUGAGCGUCUGCGUCUCUCCACUGGCGGCCAUGGCUAUCACAUUGCGGCCAAUCUGAGUAACAUAUAUGGCAAUGCGGUAGCUGCGUACACCUACGAAGGCGAAAACACUGUGCUGCUGCUGCAGAUUGGACGCGCUCUGGUCAAGGCUUGGAACAGUUUCAAGCAGGGCCAGCCUGUCUCCGCAUCGUAUGACUACUUCGAGUCUUCCAUGCGCCUGAAGGAGUUUCCCAAAUGGAACAAUUCUUGGGAGAUCAUUAUCCAGGCACUGCAAUACACAGCUGCCCAUAAGACACGUAUCGCAUUUGAGAACAUGUCGGAGAGAAUUGCUGCAGGCCAAUCGCAGGCUGUGGCAGCCAACAACACGGGUAUCGAGCUAACCCGUGCAGCCGAGCUCCACGGCCGCCAGUUUGUGUGUCAAACGUUUUUGAACCAAAUUAUUGGACCCAAUGCUCAGAAACGUUCGCCCGCCUUAAACAAAGUGCUGGAAAAUGUUCUGGAACUGUUCCUGGUGCAGACUGUGCUCAACAAUUUGAGCGAGAUCUUGAGAUUUGUCAAUCUGACCGAUGCGGAUCUGAGAUCCUUGCAGAAACGCUUGGAGCUGUCGCUGGAGAAAUUCCGUCCCGAUGCAGUGGCUAUCUGUGAUGGCUUUGACUACCAUGAUCGCGUGCUUAACUCUGUGCUGGGCAGCUACGAUGGCAAUGUCUAUCCACGACUCUUCGAUGCGGCCAAGCGCAGCACCAUGAACCAACGGCCCGUGCAAAAAUCAUUUGAAACCUAUCUGAAACCUUUGAUGAAGGCCAGCUUGUAGAGAGUACAAUGUAAAGAAUGGCUGAAUUAAGCUGCAAUUCCAUUUUUGCCGUUUAGCAAUGCAUUUCAAGCAGAUAAUUAAACGCCAUAAAUUUAUUGCCUGAGAUUAAAUCCACAACUUCAAUGCUCCAACAGCCUUUAUUAUAUCAAAUCAUCUUUGCACAUUUUAUAACCAUCGAGGGAUUAGAGAAGAUAACUUGGUACGAGCGUAGUAACUUUCAUUACGUUCAUCUUAACAUCGUGUCUUUACAUAUUCAUGCACAUUCAUUUCAUCGAGGGAUUGGGAUCACUGAUUAGGAAUGAAAGUAGAUUAUCUGAUUUCACUAAUUCUUCAGACUGCCGUGACUACUCCAGGAAUGGCUCCAAUAU